GGGAUUCCUCUGUGAUUUCUCAUUGUGUUUUUAGCAGCCAGUCUAGUAAGAUAAAAAAAAAACUCACAAAAUUUCAUCCAGCUACAUAGUUUUCCCAAAUUUUGUAUUUAAAUUUUUAUUGAGAGUAAACGAUGCAGCCGCCAAGAGAUAUGUGUAAAUGUUUGUAUAAUAUAACGCGUUGCGUGGGUCAAGCUUGUUCCUAUAGCACCAAACGUAAUUUUCUGGCCAUGCAGGCCAUGACCGCCCGUAAGAUCCGGGAGUCGAAUAUCCCCGAGAAGGAGGCGGAGUCCCGCUUUGAUGGCAACUGGGGGCGUGGCCCUCAAGCGGGCGACCGUCUGCCAACGGCCGUGAGUCUGGUCAGUUGCAAGCUCCGGGAGGCGGAGAGGAAUGAAGUGAAUACCGCCUUCCUGCGCUAUGGAAAAUCAAUGACCGAUUUGGCGAAGAGUGCCCGCAAAUUGUAUAAGGCUGCGCGACCCAGGAACAUAGCUCCACAGCAGCCGAUGCCCGGGAAAAUCGAUACACUUCGCUUGGGACCCUUGAAGAAACCGGAACAAAAUGCCUCCGCCAUAACCGAUCGUCUUAUCAAGCUGUUCUUGCAAGACCCCUGGGAUUUCCCCAAAAAUAAUGGGCACUCAAACGAAUAA